GAAUUUGGAAGACUGUUCCCCCCUCGCUGAGCUGCACGGCAAGGUACACCUCUAACGAUAAUACUUUGAGAAACGAAAGGACGCUUGACAGCAGAUUACUAUUCUUAGUAACCAUCUAAGCGCGAAACAAUCACAAUGUCGGCCGCAGUUGCGUCGCUAUUCUCCCUCAGCGGCAAGACCGCUAUCGUGACAGGAGGAACUAGGGGCAUUGGGCAAGCAAUGGCUUUUGCCCUUGCCGAAGCUGGUGCCGAUAUCAUCUUGAUUCAGAGAGACGAGUCGAACACUUCGACUCGCGAUGAGAUCGUCAAUCGCAUUGGCAGGAAAGCUUGGAUCCACGUGGCAGAGUUGUCGAAUCGGGAAUCAAUCAAGGGUGUCAUUCCAGCUCUGACCAGUCAAGGCCUCAAGCCUGAGAUCCUACUCAACUGCGCCGGAAUUCAACGGAGACACCCCAGUGAAAAGUUCCCGGAUGAAGAUUGGGAUGAGGUUAUCCAAGUCAAUUUGACGUCCGUCUUUACGUUAUGUCGGGAGUUCGGUGCAUACUUGUUGGCGCGAGAUGAGUCGGAGUUCCCAACUGGUCGUCGUGGAGCCAUCAUCAACGUCGCAUCGCUCCUCACCUUCCAGGGAGGUAUCACAGUACCUGCAUACGCAGCGUCAAAGGGAGGUGUCGCGCAAUUAACGAAAGCCCUCUCCAACGAAUGGGUGGCUAAGGGUAUCAACGUCAAUGCAAUCGCUCCCGGAUACAUUGCCACGGAUAUGAACACUGCCCUGAUCAAUGAUUCCAACCGCAAUGCUGGUAUCAUGGCUAGAAUCCCGGCGGGGAGAUGGGGCAAGCCAGAAGACUUCAAGGGCGUGAUAGUGUUUUUGGCAAGUCAAGCGAGUAGCUAUGUCUCAGGUGAAAUAAUCACCGUUGAUGGCGGUUGGAUGGGACGGUAAAAAGUUCUGUGGCGGCAAUUUUUUUUUCAUGUUUUCUUUUCGUCCAUAUUUCCCCUGACUAUUUUUGUCUGCAUUUUUGCCUUUGCUGUGCUAGGUGAUAGAUGGAAUAUAC